AUGAAGGGCUGCGGGGGCGGCUGCUGCGGGUGUCUGCCGCUGCGGCUGCGCGCGUCGCUGCUGUUCGCCGUGCCUGUGGGGUACGGCGUGCUGCUGCUGCUGCUGCUGCUGCAGCAGCAGGGCGCGCCGCUGCGCAGCAGCCCGCUGCUGGCCGUUUGCUGCUGCGUCUUCGCGGGCUUGUGUCUAGCAGCAGGAACUGUGGGGCUGCUGGGCGUGCUGCUGCGGCUGGAUGCUGCGCUGCGGGGCAGCGUCGUGCUGCUGCUGCUGCUGCACCUGGUGGUGCUGCUGCUGGGGGGGUUGCUCGGGGCGUUUGCGGUGUACAGACACCGCAGCGCUGGCCGCGCGCAGCCCUUCUGGGCCGCGCCUCUUGCUGCUUCUCCUGCUGCACUUCUUUUGCUUUCUUGCUGCCUCCUUUUUGUGUCUCUUGUGUCUCUUUGCUGCUUAAAAGCUGCUGCUGACCUCCAGGCCGAGUACGACGCAGAGGCUUUCCUGGCGGAGGCGCAGCAGCUGCGCGACAGGGAGCGCCAGGCCCUCCUCAGCAAGCAGCAGCAGCAGCAGCAGCAGCAGCAGCAGCAGCAGGGUGGCAGCAGCAGCCGCAGGCGCACCGACGGCGCAGUCGCGAUUCAAAUCCGCAGCGACGGAGACUUGCCGCCAGGUGGCGCGGCAGAAGCUGCAGGUGCAUGCAGCCCAGCUGACCACCACCCGCAGGUGCAACUGCAGCAGCAACUGCAGCAACAACAACCGCAGCAGCUGCUGCAGCAGCAACAGCUGCAGCAGCAACUGCAGCAGCAGCUGCAGCAGCAGCAGCAACUGCCAUGUCUGCAACGGUAUCAGAAUCGCACUGCAGCUGCCUUCGUUACUACCACAGCAGCAGCAGCAACUGCAGCAGCAACUCCAGCAGCAGCAACUGCAGCGCUGAAUAAAGCAGCAGCGGCAGCAGAAGGCAGUAGCAACUGCAGCUGUAGCAACAACUGCAGCAGAAGGCAGCAACAACUGCAGCAGCGUAUGCAGCAGCAAACGCAGCAGCAACUGCAGCAGCAACUGCAGCAGCAACUAUGGCAGCAACUGCAGCAGCAGCUGCAGCAGGAACAGCGCUGCCCCUCGGCAAGUUUACUGGAGGGGCAGAAGCUGCAGCAGCAAAGCCUGCUGCUGCAGCAGCAGCAGCUGUCGUUGCUUCUGACGCAUUCUGCCUAG